AUGACUCAACCACGGCGCAACGAAUGGACGCAAAAACGGACAGGAUGGGUGAACAACGAUCUCGUUCCAAGUAUAUCCGACCACAUGUACCGGAUGGCUAUCCUGUGCAUAUUAUCGACGGACGCCCAGCUGGACGUCCCAAAAUGCGUGAUGAUGGCUCUGGUACAUGAUCUCGCUGAAGCUCAAGUCGGAGACAUCGCACCAAGAGAAGGUAUACCAAAAGCCGAGAAACAUCGUCUCGAAGCUGAAGCGAUGCAUAACUUCAUUCACGAGAUGCUACAUGACAGUCCGGCGGCGCAACGAAUGGACGCGCUGUGGAGGGAAUACGAAGCGGGUGAACCGCCUGAAGCCAAGUUCGUCAAAGACAAGGACCUCCAACCCUUCUUUGACAGCAGCUUGCCAAAUAUCCGGCAUCCCGAGAUCAAAUCCGGGGGCAAAGAUUUGCUUUGUCUGUGGUCUCGAGGUAGUUCAUAG